AUGCCAUCCUCCUGGCUCGAAGACGACGAGUCCGGAGCCUGGUGUGCCGAUACAACUGACGAAGCACGACGCCAACAGAGUAGCGAUUCCGCGGAGGUCAACGUCAAGCUCUCGGCCGCACCACAGCAGGAACAGCAGCACCUUGACACUGGACAAGACGAACACCCCACCAGCUACGCAGGUCUUUACGCGCCGGACACGGGUCUCCACGCGGCGACCCUGAACAGCAGCCCCAUCAAGCUAGCCUCAGCUUCACAUGCAGACGACAUAAGUGGUGGUCACCUACAUAGAGUGGCUCAAGAAUAUAGUUCCGAAGCCGAAGCCGAAGUCGCAAAUGAAGGUGAAGGUGAAGACGAGGCAUCUGUGUCUGUGUCUGUAUCUGCGUCUGGAUUUGGAUCCGAACUUGGACCUGGUACGGGACCUUUGCCUGGACCCAGCAUCCAUCGUAUCGACCGCCACACCCGCCCCUCAGACAAGGACUCCCUGUUCGGCGACAGCGCCUCCGAAGCAACUGUAGAGGACGUGUCGUGGGGGAAGGCGCGGAACCAGACCGACACUGGGCAUGCACACACGACUGUUGUGCCUUCAGUGCAGCCUUCCGUACCAAGACUGGAUAUAAACAUGAAUAUGAAUGUGAAUAUGGAUAUGGAUAUGAGCACCCAAUCUUGUUCCAGUCCGAACACGGCUCCAGAGUCUAUUUCACCUUCGACGUCCGCGGAUCUCGUGAGAGAGGGUAUGGGCGCGGGUACGGAUGCAGGUGCGAGUGCGAGAGAGAGUCAAAACGUAACCCCGGAUUCCCUCCGCGAACACAGCCACCACCGCAGCUCAACCCUCCUCGCCAAUCUAUUCGCAGAGCAGGGGUGGGCUGAGCACGACCCGGCGCGCACGCCCUCGGGGAACGAUAAUCUGGGCUGGGACGACGACCAAUUCCUGCUGGCUAAACAGAGACGGGAAGCGCGGUGGGAAUUCCAGCCCGAUCCGGCGGUUGGGUUUGGGGAGGUGCUGGGGCUGGCGGUCGUGGGAGGGGGAAAUGAAGGGAAGGGGAAAGAUCCAGGAGAGCCAGGAGAGCUGAAGAAGCCGAAAGACAGUGUUGGGACCGGGUCUGGGAAAGCGCCAUUUAAUGAAGAUGAGCACUGUGGUGGAUACGAUGACGGUGAUGGUGAUGGUAUCGGUGGAGGUCGUAGAGGAGAAGACGGCGGCGGCGGAGGCGACGACGACCAUAACAUGGAUCGAUCUGGACAUGAACAUGAGGGUGGACGGGAAUCUCCACCUGAUACGCAAGACUCAGUACACCAUGAGGAUUAUGCUGAAGAGGCGUACCAUUGUGUAGCUGAUGAUGGUGAUGAAAAGAAGGAGGAAGAGCAAGAGCAAGGCUUCUGCGACGAUGAACGCCACCACGAGCAUGACCAUGACCACGACCAUGAUCAUCACGAUCACCAUGACUACAACCAUGGUGAUCCACACGAUGAAACCCAGUAUCGACACGAUUCUGAAAGAGGAAGGCAGCAUCAAGAUCAAGAUCAAAACCAAAAUCAAAACCAAAAUCAAAACCAAAAUCAAACAUCUUCCGACGACGAAGACGACCCAUGGCCCCCUCCGCGCCCCGAGACAAUAGAUAUACUCGCCGACUCGACACCCUGGGCACACCUCCGCGACCGAUACAAACCCGAAGAGGACGACGUGUAUUGGAAGCCAGCCAGGUCUCCAGAAACCAAACCUAAACUCCAAGGCUUCGCCCAAUACGCCACGCAGUCCAAACCGACGUGGGCGCCGCCCCUGCGUCCUCUGAGCGAGGAUGAGAAAGAGUACGCCCGCGUCCUUUAUCAUGAACGUCUCAAACGCAAGGGACGGGGUCCCUAUGCGCGCGACAAACGUGGGCCCGCACAGGAGGGCGAAGCGGAGCAGUUAUCUUACGCGGACCCGGAUGAGAGACGAGAGAUGAUUGAGGAGAGGGCGUGGCGAGCCAGGGAGAUCAAGAGGCGGAGAAGGGAGGUGUUUUCCGGGGAACAUUUCGGGAAGGGCGGGCCUCAUGAUUCGAAUCUUUGGAGCGAGGAACAGAGAUUAUAUAUGAUGGACACAAUUGACUUGGAGGUUGAGACUUUGGUGGAGGAGAGGAGGGCCAAGAAGAGGAGGGAGAAAGAGGCGGAAGAAAAGAAAAUGCACGAGGGAGAGAAGGCGGAGGGAAAGUGGAAGGACACGGACACAGACACGGACACGAACAAUGCCGAGGGUUCGGUGGGAGAAGAAGACGCAGGAUCGUGUGGCUGUCCUUGCGGAGGCGAGCCUUCAAAGUGCUCCUGCCAUCCUCUGUACUGUCCUUGCUCAGGCUGUGACCACGCCGAGCAGGCGGAACACUUGCGCCAGGAGGCAGAGAUGAAAUGGGGAGAGGGCGAGGGCGAUGGUGAUAAUGCUCAAGCACCGACUGAAACUGCCAAACAGCAUGGGCCUUGUUGCGGCGGUUCCAACACGCAGGAGAGGUGUGUCUGUCUGCCUGGACUUUGCAGUUGUGCCGGCUGCGAGGAGCAUCAUGUCGGCCACGGUAAGUCUGGGAUGGAGGUGGAGGUGGAGGUGGAAAUGGAACCUCCAUCGACCCAUUCGGGUCUAUGGCCGCGGAUUCCUGAAUCUGAGAGGUUCUUCAAGCUCGAGCAGAAGAGAGUCUCAGACGAAGACCACGACUGCCCUUGCAGUGCCAAUGGGGCUUGUCACUGUCCUCCAGGUCGAUGCAGGUGUCGCAAACCACUAUCUGCACCAGAACAGUGGGUACAGCCACGAGAAGAUUUAGCGCCUCUGCCAUUCCCUCGGACGGCAGCGACGUGGUCUUCGGGCCAAUACAACCAUCCCCUGAAUGUAGGCUUGACCCAAGGCCCGGCGGCCCCAACCCUGCCAGAUGCACCUCCGUCGAUUACUGGUGGCUUCUUACAUCCGACGGCCGCAGCAACAUCAACACCAGCGGCGGUUGCCACAUCUCGUCGACAAAGCCCAAUACCUCCAAGUCGUCCGGAUACUCCGCGUCCACCAGCCGACUCGGGCGCCUCGACUCCCUAUGCUGCUGAUGUGCUGCACGAGUAUGCUCGACACAGUGUGGAGCCCGAGCCGAUGCCCCCAAGCCAGACUGACGUCCGACAGAGCGUGGAACCGGAAUACCCUCCUCCAGAUUGGAUACGGGAAACAACCCCCGCGUAUGAGGAUCGCUCAUUCACGCCGUCGCCGUUCUCAAAUCGAGGCGACGUGGAAAUGCGCGAUGCUUCCGGAGGCACGAUUGUCCCGUCAACCCUAGGCCGCGAUGUGUCUGUUUCUGCACCGGACUUACAUCCCGCAGAGCAUCAAUCCCGGUCUCCACAGAGGCCACUCCCUCCAACAGUCCCCGAGUCACCAAUCAAGCAGCCGAAACGAAGCGACAGGCGCAAAUCAGCUGUGCAGGGCUCAAAGGUCGAGAAGCGCUCAACGACUGGCACGAAGACGAAACCGAAGAGCCGUAACGUAACACGAAAGCCAACUCAGUCGGUCGGCAAGCUUGUCGAGCAGGUCAAGAAGGGGAGCCAGGAUGCCGGACAAGCGGAAGGUAGCUUCGAGUCGGAGAAACCAAUCAAGCCUGCGCCGAAACCUGGUGGCAAAGUGGCCGAGGCAGUGAGAAAUAUCGAGCGACAGGUCCAGCGGCAAGAAAAAGAUCUGAAGCAAAAGAACGGCAGCCCGGUGAGGAGAAGUGCGAGGGCGAACAAAGGAGUGAGGACGUCAAGCGGGUAUGGGAGUCCCAAGUAG